AACCGUUCUUCAAGUGGCUUUGCGGUGAGUUUUCAAGGUUAAUAAGAUUCGUUUUCAUAUCAAAGAUACUACUUUACUCCCUCGGAGUUCCUUUUUCCUGCGACUUUUUUGGGCCAUGGAUUCCAAUAGCAGCCCAUCAUCCCGUAAUCCAAAGCGGAUCUGCACAGCUACAGCUUCCAGUUCUUCCAUGGAUUCGAGUAACAUCCAAAGCAGCACGUCAUCUCGGCGGAUCUGUAAAUACGAUGUGUUUAUCAGUUUCAGAGGCACUGAUACUCGCUACUCUUUUGUUGAUCAUCUUUUGGCUCAUCUCUCCAGGAAAGGUCUUUUCGCCUUCAAGGAUGACAAACGGCUCGAGGAAGGAGAACCCAUUUCAUCACAGCUUUUACAAGCAAUUCAUGAUUCACGGGUUUUUAUCGUUGUCUUCUCCCCUGAUUAUGCUUCUUCAAAAUGGUGUUUGGAUGAAAUGGCUUCUAUAAAUGAAUGCCGUAUAAAUUUGAAACAAACUGUUUUCCCAAUUUUCUAUCGUGUGGAUCCAUCUGAUGUACGACAUCAGCAUGGGGUUUAUGGGGAUGCCUUUGAUUUACACUAUGAAAAAUUCAAACAAGAUCUAUCCAAGGUUAAUCGAUGGCAGGAAGCUAUGAAGGCUUUGGGCGGUUUAGUUGGUUGGGAUGUCGGGAAUAAGCCAGAGUUUGGAGAGAUUGAAAAUAUUGUUCAGGCUGUAAUAAAAACUUUGGGUCAUAAAUUCUCAGGGUUUGCUGAUAAUCUUAUUGGGAUACAACCUCGUGUUGCUGAAUUGGAAAGUCUUUUAAAAUUAAGUUUAUGGGAUGAUGAUUUUCGAGUUUUGGGAAUUUGGGGGAUGGAUGGAAUAGGAAAGACAACUCUUGCUACCGUCUUGUUUGACAAAAUCUCUUAUCAAUUUCCGACUAGCUGUUUUAUUGAUGACCUAAGCCAAACUUAUAAAGAUGGUGGUGCUAUUGCUGUACAGAGACAAAUUCUUUGUCAAACUCUAGAUGAAAAAAAUCUCGAGAAGUAUAGUCCAUCUCAAAUAUCUGGAAUUGUAAGGAAUAGGCUACACAACAUAAAGGUCCUUAUAGUUCUUGACAAUGUUGAUGAAUUAGAGCAACUGCAGGAAUUAGCAAUAAAUCCUACAUUGCUUUGCUCAGGAAGUAGAAUAAUCAUAACCACUAGAGAUGAGCAUAUUCUUAGAGUGUAUGGAGCGGAUAUAGUUUAUGAGGCUCUACUCAUGAAUGAUAAUGAUGCUCGUCAACUUUUAUGUAGAAAAGCCUUCAAAAGGGAAGAUUCUAGUAGCAAUUUUGCAGAGCUUAUCCCUGAGAUACUAGAAUAUGCUCAAGGUCUUCCAUUAGCAAUUAGAGUUGUGGGUUCUUUUUUAUGUACCCGAAAUGCCACCCAAUGGAGAGCUACCUUGGAUGGGCUGUGGAAUAAUCCAAACAAAAAAAUCAUAAAAGUGCUUGAGAUAGGUUUUGAGGGAUUGGAGCAAAGAGAGAGAGAAAUAUUUCUGCACAUUGCUUGUUUCUUUAAAGGGGAGAGGGAGGAUUAUGUAAAGCGAAUUCUAGAUUGUUGUGGAUUAAACCCUGAAAUUGGUAUCCCCCUUAUCACUGAAAAAUCACUCAUAACCACUAAAAAUGAGGAAAUUCAUAUGCAUGAAAUGUUGCGAGAGUUGGGGAAGCAAAUAGUUAGGCAACAUUUUUCCGAAGAACCAGGAUCCUGGAGUAGAUUGUGGCUUCAUCGGGAUUUCCAUCAUGUCUUAAGGACAAAAACGGGAACUGAUAAGGUUAAAGCCAUUGUACUAGAUCCAAAAGAGGAUGUCCCUGAAUGCCCUGGGUGGAUUGGUCAAGGAUUGUCGCAGAUGACAAGCCUUAGACUGCUUAUAUUAUAUCAUAAGAAUUUUUCAGCAAGUCUCGAUUUUCUGUCUAACAACCUAAGAUAUCUUUUGUGGCCUAGUUAUCCUUUCACAUCUUUGCCAUCAGAAUUUGAGCCGUAUCAUCUUGUUGAACUGAAUGUGCCUAACAGCAGCAUACAACACCUGUGGAAAGGCCACAAGGAUCUUCCCCAUUUGAAAAGGAUGGAUUUGAGCAACUCCAAAUAUCUUAUGGAAACUCCAAUGUUUGAAGGGAUCCCAAAACUUGAGCGGCUAGAUUUUACAGGAUGUACGAAGUUAAGGCACAUCCAUCCAUCUAUUGGACGUCUGACAAAACUUGCUUUCUUGAGUUUGCAAAAUUGCAUCAAUCUGGUCGAGCUUGAGUUCGAUUCUGAUAGUUUAUCUAAUUCAAGUUCUCUGAGAGUUCUACACCUAUCUGGUUGCACAAAUCUUGAAAAGACACCAGAUUUUACUGGGGUAUCAAAUCUCGAGUACCUUGAUAUGAAUCGAUGUACAAGUUUGUCAACGGUUCAUACAUCUAUUGGGGCUCUUGAAAAACUUAGAUUCUUGAGUUUGAGAGAUUGCACAAGUCUUGUCAGUGUACCUAAUUCUGUUAACACCAUGAUCUCUCUUAUAACUCUAGAUUUAUGUGGCUGCAUUAAACUUACGACACUGCGGCCCUUCCUAUGGAAUGUCAAUUUUCCCCUAGAAUUUCAAUCUUUGAUUCAUAUGGACGUAGGCUAUUGCAAUUUAAGUAAAGUACCUGAUGCUAUUGGAGAGUUAAGGUAUUUGGAAAGACUAAAUCUUGAAGGAAACAACUUUGUUUCACUACCUUCUACCACCACCAAGCUUUAUAGUCUAGCAUAUCUAAACUUAGCGCGGUGCCAUCAGCUUAAACAUAUGUGUAAUCUCCCAUCAAAAAGUGAUUCAUCAGUGGGAAGGUAUUUUAAAACUACAUCUGGGUCUCGUGAUCAUAGGUCAGGAUUAUAUAUUUUUGACUGCCCCAAGCUAAAAAAUAUAUUCCCAAUUUCCAUUGUUCAAUGGCUAACAAGACUACUUAAGGAACGCCGUCAUUUUCGGUGUGGCUUUGACAUCAUUAUUCCUUGGGAGUGGAAAUUUUUUUAUUCUGCAACGAAUCGUAUUCUUCCAUGGUGGUUCUGUCAUCGAUUCAAUGGAGGUUCAGUGAUAAGAAUAGUACACUAUGAUGUGGUUCACAACUGGAUUGGUUUUGCCUUUUGCGCAGCGUUUGAGGUAAACAAUCAUCCUGCGAAUUCUGGUUCUCCACUUUCGUCCUCCUUGCCAUUGCCACAUCCUUUAUAUCUUUCUUUUGAAAGUGAAUACACAGAAGAACGCUUCGAUAUGCCAUUUAAUUUGGAACUGGACAAGAUUGAUGGCUCAACACAUCUUUGGACAAUCUAUAUCUCUUGGGAGCACUGCCAUUUUUUGAGAACAGAAUCCCGUAUCACAUUUAAAUCUCGCCCAGGUUUGUUGGUGAAGGAAUGGGGAUUACGCAUGUUAUUCAAGAAAGAUAUCUCGGCAUUAAAAUGGGCAUAUGAAGGACAAAAAGAGAAAGCAGAAGCAGAAGCAGGUGGUCUUCGCUUUGAUUAUGUAAAAGAAAAUAACAACAGCUCUGAGCCAAAAAUCCAACUUCCCUACAAUUGGUUGGUUAAUGAGGAAGAGGAAGUCGAGAAUCUUGAAGCCAAGGCAAAAGAAUAUAAUCUUUCUCAUCUGGGCCUUUAGAUAGGCCAACCACAGUGAAAGCAUAUAUCAUCUUCCUGAGCCCAGAGUGUCUUCGAUAUCCAAGUACCGAAACAUAUCAAGGGGACAUAUCCUACAAAUUUCAUGUUUAUCUCACAAAUACCGAUAAUCAGUAAAGGUCACAAGCUACUAUAGACAGUGUGAAGAGAAAAGUGGGCAUGAAAGGUAUUUUAGACAUAAAAAGUUGGAAAACAUUCCUGGAUCAAAAUAUCUUUGGUUAAUCUAUAUCUAUCAAGAGCAUUGCCAUUUUGUGAAAACAGGAGCGCGUAUCACAUUUAAGGCCCGCCCAGGUCUCAUGAUGAAAGAAUGGGGAUAACACAAAGGGCUACAAUUCUUAUGAAGAGCUUGAAGCCCAGUUCGGAUUGUAAGCUAGUAGAUUUCUUGCGCCAAGUCGGACACGUUUUGCUGAAGUUUUAUUUUAUUUUAUUUAUUUUAUUUCGUAUUUUAGACAUAUGGGCCGGUCAGAACUGAACCCUAACCCGCUUUGGGUAGGGGUAUAUGAAGGCA